CUUACUUUUCAUUACCCUAUAUGCAGGGCCUGAUAUGGCAGACAAAACCAUAUACACACUGUACCGAAUCUCUCUUUUAACUAUAAACAUUUCGUUCUCUCUCUCAUAUUCUAUUUGCUUGUACUUUAUUUACCACAACCUUUAUUUAUCAUGCGCACAUGCUAUACACUUAGCCACUAUAUAGCCUAUACUCUUUCAUUGCUACUACUGUGAAUGCAACUAUCGUCAUGUCUUAUUUGUUCUUGAUGCUUACUUUUACGUCCAAAGAGCCUAUAUUCCCCUUUCUUCAUUUCAUCCUUUUUUCUCUCUCUCUUUCAAACACCUGCGCCCUUCCCUUCCGCACAUAUCUUCACCUCUUGUUUCUCUUUAUUCCCCAAACCCUUUGUGCUAUAGAUUACGUUUACCAGAUGUGGCAUCAUAUCCAUGCUCAAUGUUUAUUCUUUCUUAUGUACGUGCGCAUAUGCAUUUUUUUUAUAAAGUAAAAAAAAAGAAACAAACGGUUGUCCGUUCAC